AUGUUAUUAACAAGUAAAUAUGCUAUGGAAUUGUCAAGACGUGUUCUGAAUUUUUGGUUUUUGAAUAAUCGUUGGACUUCGUUAGAUAAUGUACCAGCGAAAUCAACACCAGUUGAUGAAGAAAGUCUGAAGCGUUGGUUUUAUUCAUCGCCGGAAUUUGAUCAACAAAUACGAGAAAAUUUCGAAGACGAUUUAUUGCAUUUAAUUAAUGAUGAAUAUAAUCCUGCAGAUUAUUUAUCUCAUCCAGAACAAUUAUUAGCAUUUAUAAUUGCUCUUGAUCAAUUUCCACGUAAUAUUUUUCGUGGUGAUGUUCGUGCAUUUUCAUAUGACUAUAAAGCAAAAGAAUUAAGUCAAUUAUUAAUCAAUGAACACGCUGAUAAACAACUUCCAUACAUUGAACGAUCCUUUAUUUAUUUACCAUUUGAACAUAGUGAAAAUCUUGAAGAUCAAAAUAAAGCUGUUAAUUAUAUGGAGCAAUUAUAUGAAGACGCUAAAAAUGAUCCUUCAUCAAAUGAAAAUGUUUGUAAUUUUGUUAAACAGUUUGUACAAGCAUCAAAACAACAUCGAGAAAUUGUUAAACAAUUUGGACGUUUUCCACACAGAAAUGUAAUUUUAAAACGUCCACCACUUGAAAGUGAAGAUAAAUAUUUACGUGAUGGUGGUGAACGGUUUGGUCAAUAG